AUGGCCGACCUGCGACGGUUCCGGCCGGUGGACCUCGUCCCGGCGCCCCUGAGCGCGACCCGCAGGCCUUGCCAAGAUCUGAUCACAAAGGCCCCCAACGAGGCCUACCUUCCCCUGAUUUACCACAGAGUUCCCCAGCCCCCAAAGACAAGGAAGCCCAAGCUGCCCAAGGGAGAUCUGACUUCCCGGCUCUCGGCAGCCCAGCGGGCACAGAAGGCAUUCGUUGAGGACGUUGAAGCCAGUCUGACCAGGCACCCCUUGGCCCUCUACCCAAAUCUGGAAGAAAAAUUGCCUGUAGAGCUUUUGUCAAAGGUGCUGGAAAUACUAGAUCCUGAGAGGAAGCUGAAAGACACGUGGGCUUAUUGUGAAGAUGCCUCGAAAAGGACCACGGAGCAGCCUACAAAGCAUUUAAAUGAACAGCCUGUAAAAUUCUCCCCAAAGCUUCCUCGGAAGACUCCAGUGUCACGGUCACACGAAUGGGUUUUUUAUGAGAACACUUCAAGUAAAAUAGAUUCAAUCCAUGAUUCUCCUCUUUAUGAAAAUGUACGCAAAGAAAUUGGUGACUUCUGCAAGUGGGCUACUUCCAUAGGGAGUUCAAAAAUUGAUGAAGAGUUCAUCCUGAAACAGUUUGACUUUGACUAUGAGACCCAAUCAAAUGAAAGCACAUUCUCCACCAAGAGGCCCAGCCAGAUUUCUCAGAAGAAAAUGUCUACUGUGAGGCCACCUAAACCGCAAAAGCUAGACGCGUCCUCCUGGGAACCAGGCAGCAAGAGGAAAUUCCAGAAACAACAGCAACCUCAGAAACAACCGUGGGUAAAGAUGAGAUAUGGAGCGUGGUAUCUGGACACCAAGUUGUGGAAAAGGCAAAGAGCAGAUGAACCCCUGGUUGACCCCGAGAUCACACGUAAAGUUCAAGAAGAGAAGCUGAGAAAGGAGAAGGAGGAAACGGAUGAGGUGGGGUUUUGUGAGAGGAUCGUUGAACAGGAAGGCUGCAGUCUGGACCAAGAAUAG